UGCUGUUUGCUGUUGACGGCUGUACUGCGUUUGAGCUCCGUCACUAUAUUCUUUUCAUUGACUAUUUUUAACUUAAAAAUCAAUUUUAUACAUCAUUGUUUCCGUUUAUAUAACGCGUGAAUAUAUCCUCUAUUGUAUUCUACAACAAAAACAAUCAGAGCGCCUCGCUAUCACUAGUUUUAUUUUGAUCUCCCGGGUCCGCUAUUAGCUUUUAGCCAGUUAGCAUCAGCAAGCGUGUUUGCUGCUAACUGCGCUUACAUUGCUAAUACUCUAUUCUCACACAUUACCACUGCUGUACUCACUGUUACUUGCUUUAAUGGCGGAUGAAUGUCUCCACUCUGUGCAGCUCGAGCUCGAGGCCGUGGGGAAGCAGAUUCGCGACCUGGAACAGAGGCAGGCCAAGCUGAGAGAGCGGAGAGCCGCGCUGGAAUCAUCCCGGGCUGACGCUCACAAGUCCGGGGUAAGUAUACAGCGUGCUGUUAACAGUCCCACCACGUCUACUCCGUGUGUUUCUCUGCGCAGGCCCGGUGCACCCAGGACGCGAUCUUCCCAGAUGUCCUUCACUGCGACGCCGGGACACCACGGACCCUGGGUGCAUCCACAGCGGAGGACGCGAGCCGGGUCCCGGGCGACUACUUCUCCCCCUCCUGCCUUCGAGCUCUCCAUCCAGAACCGCUUCGCUCCCCUCCGCGAGACAGGACGCGACGCUGUGAUCAUCGGAGACUCCAUCGUCCGACACGUAAGUGCUACGUUAGCCGAAGGUAAAGUGCACACUCAUUGUUUGCCUGGUGCUCGUGUUCUCGAUGUUUCUGCGCAGAUACCCGCGAUCCUGAAGGACGGCGAGAGCCCCAGAGCGGUCGUGCUUCACGCCGGGGUUAACGACACCACGCUGCGGCAGACGGAGACGCUGAAGAGGGACUUCAGGAGCCUGAUCGAGACGGUUCGCAGCACGACGCCCGCGGCGACGAUCGUCGUGUCAGGACCACUGCCCACGUAUCGACGAGGACACGAAAGACUGUUUCGCGCUGAUGGAUUACACCCCAGCAGAAUUGGAGCGGAGCUUCUCUCUGACAACAUCUCCAGGACACUUCGCUCCAUGUGACUAGAUUUACACAAGCUCCAGUCUGGAUCCAGAACACCUGAGAAGAGAUGAUGCUGACCCUCAGAGGACCCCAGAUGAUGCUGACCCUGAAUCAACAACAGAACUAACAAUUAUUGCUAAAUGUGUGACUGCAUCAUAUAAUAACUAUUAAUUACUAAUAUUGAUAGUUCAUCGUCUAGCUGACUACGUCUUGUAUUAUUAUUAUUUUUUUCUAAAAUCCUGUCAAACGUGCACAAACUACUAGCUACUACU